UUCAUUGAAUUGAAUUAAAGUUAAAUCUAUGAAAUAAUGCUACCGCAUUGCAUAAUUUGUAUAAACUUUUUCAGUCAACAACUUUAUCCAAAAUCAAACAUGCAUGCUUCAAUAGCACAAGUAUCUAUGAGAUUGUGUGUAUGUGCAAGCAAGAAUAACAAUAAUAUUAAUGUUGUCAAAUAGACUAUUGUCAUUGAACUUUUGUAAGAUUUUGAUUCUAUGGAUAACUUGUUAUUAUAUUUGUUGAACAGGAAAGUUGCAACGGACGUGGAAAUGUACUACAAUAACCACUUCCUUAUGCAGCAUGAUCUCCUUAGAGAGCUAGCAAACCAUCAAAGCAACCAAGAAUCGAUCGAGCGAAGGAAAAGGCUGGUGAUCGACUUGACUCAGAAUGGGAAAAAUUGUCCCAACUGGUUGGUAGGCCAGAAUCAGCCGGGUAUCGUUUCUCGCAUGCUGUCAUUCUUAUCUGUAAGGGGGACACAACAACAACAGAAGCAGGAACAAGUCACUGCUCGCAUAAUGUUUGUUUCAACUGAUGAAACAUUCACUCCUGACUGGUACAACAUGAACCAUGAUGAAACUGAAGUUCUGAUUUUAAAUAUCCAUUCAAACAAGUAUACAUUUCCGGAUUUCAUUCAGAAAAUGAGAAAACUCAAAGUUCUCAUAGUCACAAAUCAGGGUUUCCAUCCUUGUGAAUUGAACAACUUUGAGGUACUUGGUUCAUUACCAUGCUUGAAAACGAUUAGACUGGAAAAGGUUUCGAUUCCUAGCCUCUGCAAAUUUAACAAACUAAGUCUUUUUUAA